AUGCCCACCAACAUAGCCAAGCGAGCCAUCCCGCUCUACUCUGCAACUAAUGCAGUGCCAUUAGUUACAGUUAAAAAACAUUUACUACCCACUCAUUCUUAUCUCUCAGUCCCACCACCACCACAUUCCUGGGACUCUACUCCGCAUCAUCUUCAUUUUGUGAAAGGGAAGGUAGCAGCAGCACAUGACCCAUCAGAGUCUGAUCUACCGACUAAUAUCCCUCCGGAGAUCCCAUCAGUGCCGGCAUACGCACCAUCAUUUCCACCGGAGGUACCGGGACCUAAUACGACACCUUGGGAGCUGGAACCAAUGGGCCCGGAAAUAGUACCGGAUCCUGUCCCGAAAAAGCCCCCACUUGCACCUCCAGGUGGGCCGGAUUUCCCUGGCCCACCAACCCCAUCGCCGCCUGGUCCAGACAUACCAUUUCCGCCGCCGCCGAAUACCGUUCCACCACCACCGCCGGAAGUCGUACCACCAAGGCCACCUGAAAUUAUGCCUCCGCCGCCAAACAUGCCCCCCGAUAUCACCCCUCCUCCCACUGGCCCUUUCGCUGUUGCAGGGAGAGAGACCGUCUCUUGA